AUGCCGGAUCACUGUCGCCUGAUGGGAUACGGAGACGCUUACACUUCCGCUGAGCUCGAAUCAGACGCAGAGGCAGCAUUAGAUGCUAGCAACGAAGCCGGCUCGGAGGCACCUGUCGUUUCCGACGAUCCAUCAGACGCUGCAGUUGAGCCUGACUCGGAGGCAUCAGACGACCCAGAGGUUUCUGCCUUGGAAGUUGCUGAAGCAGUGGUUUUUGCCGAGACCCGAGUCCAAAUUGCGCCUAUCUUGACGAUUGCCUUGUCGCUUAAGCCGUAA